AUGAAUCUCGACAAAAUAUCCAAAAAUGAUGCGACGAGAAUAUACACUGUUUUCAACACUAAUCUUCAGGCGUAUGCAUUCAGAGAUAUUAGUAAAUCGCCAAUUCAACCGAGCGACAACUCAAUGUACUUUGAGUCUUAUGAUAUGGACACUGACAUGACGGCUCUGGGUGAAUGGAUCUCUCAACAAACUACAACUCAAAUACCUUUGUACCCAUUUUUCAUUAAAAUGAAUCAAAUCAUAGGCGGGUCUAGAGAUUUACACUUGUCUUUGUCUUUUGCCAAAAAUCCAAAGAACUAUCACACAGCCGAAAUGUAUACCAUCAACCCAACGUCUUUCUAUUUUAAAGACAAAAAGAUCUUCUUAAAUAUCCCAUCAUCUAUCGCCUCUAAAACACCUUCUACAUUCUUUGGAACAACAUUAAUGAACUCCCUCACUGCUAAAAUUAACACUGAAGUCACACAAAUCAACGGAGUAAGCGCUAUACAAUUCAUCACUACUUUCGCUAAAAAGUAUUAUAGACUCAAAAAUGAAAAUGGCGCUGUCACGUACUUUAAAAAGGCAUUUGUACUCUCGUUGUAUCAAUACGUCCCUUUUGAACAAAGUGAUUUGAGUUUUGUGUUGACCUUUUCAGACGGCGAGACGAUCUCUUUUGAGUCGAAACUGUUUGACGCGGGUCAAGUCGCAAGUAAUUUGAAAGGGGAUGUGGCCGACUUUGAAAGUGUAAGAAGUGCGUUGGAAGACGUCAGAAAAAGGAAAUUGGACCACAAAAAUCGAAUUACUAACUCAACAAAAGUGCCUCAUUUUUCCCCACUUGAUAUUAUUACCAAUGAAGACUUCAAAAAUUUGAAUAGAAAGACGGGAAACUUGUAUGACUACUCCCUCAGUGAUAUCAUUUCAUGUGGAAAAAGAACUAUCGAUGGGUCUAACGUCAAUUUGUUGGUCGUUAAAUCAUUUUCUCCCGACAAAAUCAACGACUUUUUAACAGUAACCAACCAAUGCGCUCAACUCUUUGACACUAAUAAGGACCCAAUAGUUAUAGUAUUACCACUCAACGGGGGCGGAUAUUUAAUUUGUGAGGAAAUUUUAAUGAAAACGUUAUCCCCAUAUUCUCAAUAUAACAGAAGAUACAUCGCGAGGAUAUCUGAGAGCUCAGAAAACGUGAUGAGGAACGGAUAUGCUCAGUCUUUAAUUGAUCCUAAAACCGGAAAAACACGAACGCCUAUCAGUGACUACGUCUACACAGAAAAGAGUAUGGGAAGCUGGUACGAUGAACCAAUCACCGAUUUAUAUGGCUCUGUUGAAUUUACACAUACACAAGACUCAUAUAUGGAAACGGAGAACGCGCAAUAUCAAAUGAAGAACGUCAGAAGUCCAAAUGAAAUCAUCGUUUUCACAGACCAUUUUUGCUUCUCUGCGUGUUCACUGUUUGCAAAACAUUUCCAAGAGAAAAAAGCGGCGAUAUUGGCAACAUACUCCGGACUCCCGCAAUCGACUUAUAGAGACGUCGGAGAAUCUCCAACAGCUGUUAUAGAGGACGUCUAUAUCAAUAAUGGUAAUGAUGUCACAUUGUCGAGUUAUGGUCUUGAGAUGGGUAUCUCAUUCUUACCAAGUUUACCAGUCGAUACAACAAGUGAAGUGCCUAAUGAAUAUAAAGUCCACCAUCCAGAUAAUUACGUUGAAAUCGAAUCAUUCGACGAAACAGAAAGUUCUAUAACUGCAUUCUUAAAGAAAGGACUCGAAAUCUAUAACUUGUACAAAACAAAUUGCAAGAACGGAACUUAUAAACUGGAUUCAAAGUGCGCAAACACGGAUACUGAAGUGUUGGGGUAUAUUUGUAAUAAUGGGGUUUAUGGAAAUUCUUGUGAAGUUGUUGGGUGUGUCGAUCGUUAUGUAAUGGAUAAAGACGGGAAGUGUGUGUUAGAUACAACGGUGAUAGAAAAUGGAGCUUUGAGAAUCACAAUUAUUGUUGCUCUUGCACUUUUGGUCUUUGUCUGA